AUGCGUCAGCUCGUCAUCAGACGCCCUUACGCUCAUGAGGCCGUGCGAGUGCCGGUUGCCAGCACGGAUGUGCACCCGCGCCGCAGAAAACAACGUGCCGCGGCAGGGACCCUCUCCUUCAUCGUUGCCGGCGUUGUGGCGCUUCUCUUCUUUGGCUGCAUAUUUCACGGGAUGUUGUCGUCCGCGAAUACGCGCAGUGGCGCCGCCGUCGGGGCAUCGACAACGUCAAAGGAUGAUGUGAUGGUGCGAGUGCCACAAGAUGAGAGGCUGCGCCGCCAAGGAGAGUGGACAGGCACUACUCGAGCGCCAGCGGCGAAAGGACGAACCAGCUCAUCCACGACGAAACAUGGUGCGAACAAGACUUCUGCAUCUUCCCGCUUGCCGCCUUCGACACCGCCCGCGCGCGGUGCAACGCCGCCGGCGCCGGAUGCUCUACCUGGGCCGACCUCCAAAGCUCAAUCCGAGACACUCGCUACGGUGCUAUUACCCGUUUUCGAGGCAUCCGGAACAGCGCAUGCUACCAAAACAACCGCUUCGACGCGCACCGUGACUGCCGGAUUCCAUCCAGCCCCAGCACCACCAUGGGCCCACCGUCUCCCCCCCCAGUUCCCACCAGGGGUUCGACGCCCAAACCUACCGGGAGCACAAGCUCAGUAUGCCCCGGAGGAGCCGCACCUACUGCCUGGGCUGCAGAUCCAGCGGCGCACCUUCACGCUGGCGGAGCUGCUUGAGCGCUUCGGCGACGCGGACAUCAUCUACAGCUUCGUGAACGGCAGCGAGGCGAACCACCAGUAUCGGAAGGCAAUGCGGAUGUACUGCAUGGAGGAGAUUCUCACCGUGGAACGCACCUCCUAUGCGAAGGGCUACAAGUUCCUGACCCCCGCCCCGAGCCCGGCCGAACACCCGACGACCGUCUCCACCAGUGCACCGGCAAACCCACUUAACGCUCUGUUUCGGUUCAUCCAUUGCGCACCCGAGUUUUUGAGAGGCAUGCAGCACCCCAUCCGCACAACGGGUGAUGUACUCCAGGCUCUCAAGCAUGCUGCCCGCCGCGGUGUCGACAACCGUGAUCGCGAGACGGACGAGCUGCGGCACAGCCUGCGCAGCGUGGAGCAGCACGUGCAGUGGCACCGCGGCCGCGUGGUGAUGGUGUCGCCCGGGCACCACCCGACGUGGGUGGACGGCGCGAAGAACUUCCUUGCUGGGGUGUGCGGGGGUGCGCGCGUGCAGGCGCUGCGGUCGCGCGGGACGCACCUGCGCGUGACGACUGUGCACCAGGACGCCGUGAUGCCGUACGGGAUGCGGCUGACGGUGGACUCGCACGUGAUCGAGCAGCACCUGUGGCGCGUGCGCAACGUGACGGCCGUGCACGUGUACAUGAACGACGACUACUUUGUGAACCGCGACGUUGCGAUCACGGACCUGUUCAACGAGUACGGCGGCACGAUUGUGCGGACGGAGAGGAGCGUCAUUGCGGCCGGCGCUGUCGCAGAUAGCGGCGCGUCCUGGGCAAAGGGCGUGCUGCACACGCAGCAGUUCAACACGCAAGAGCUGGACGUUCUGCACGAGGACUACCUGCCGGAGGCCCUCGUCAGCAUGUGGGACACUCUGAAGCGCGUGAACAGGAGCGCUGGUGGCGCUGCCUCGACUUCUGUUUCCGUACCACCCCUCGACGAGGCGGUCGAUGUCGCGCAUCAAUACGCGCCGGACCCGCUGCCCAACAGGUCGCUGAUACCGCGCCGCCUGCGCCGAUACGCGACCCACGCGCCGUUCGUGUACUGCACGAACAUGUUCCGCUUCUUCGAGACCCGGUACGAGCGCGAGUUUGCGGCGACAGCGCUUCGCCACCGCAGUCGCAAGGCGCGCGACCUGUUCAUCCCGUUCAUGUACAACGCCUUCAUCAUGGCGCGGCCGUGGCAGGCGUCGCCGAGGUUCCUGCCGUACCUGCUGGAGCUGCACCGGAGCCGGCGACAGGCGCGGACGGACGCGAUGCCGCCGACGCAGAUCGUGCUGGACAACGUCGACGGCUGCGGCCCCGCAUCGCUUCGCGGCGGCUUUAUGGCCUCGGAGUGCGUGUUUGCGAAGUUUGUAGAUAACACGACUUUGAACGAGGCGGUGGUGGAGCGCGUGCGGCAGGUGAACCCGCUGUACUUCAACAUCAACGCCGGGUUCAGCAGCGCGAGGGCUGCGGACCAGCUGCGCGGCUUCCUGCACGGCAAGUUUCCGACUCCGGUGUACCUGGAGGUGGGCGAUGCCCCGCCCCCCGGCGAGGGCGGCGUAGACGGCGCGGGGGCGGCCGCGGGUGGUGUGGACGCGGCGCUGCGGAGGCUGUUUGGCGACCUGAUGGCGCUGCCGGUGGUGGGUGUUGUGUCGUACGAGGAGGGCGUGUGCCCGCUUGUGCGGAGCCUUGCGCUUGCGUUCGCGGGGCACCACCGUGGCGGCGUGCGCGUGAGCGUGGAGCGGCACGGCGGCGCGACGCUGCGUGAGGCGCGCGCUGCGCUUGGGCACCGCGUGGUGAGCGCGAUGCCUGCGCCUGCGUGCGCGUACACGGAGCAGGUGAGCGUGGACUCCGCGGGACGGGGUGAGAGCGUUGCCGAGAUUGCCCGCCGCGCGAUGGGUGAAAUGCGGGGCGGCGUGGAGCUGCCGUCGACGUGCGGCGGGGGCGGCGCUGGGCUGCGCGUGCGCGGGUUCGUGGUGGACGCGCGGACGCGUGGCGCGCCCGUGCGGAGCGCUGCUGCGCUGCGGGACGCGCUUGCGGUGCCUGCGCAGACGCUGUCGCUGGAGGACUUCCGCGCGGUUGCUGUUGGGCCGUCGGCGGCCGACGUGGUGCUGGUUGUGUCGCGCGAGGACGCGGAGGCGAAGGCGGUGCACUGGGUGAAUGGUGCGUCGGAGAGUGACCUGCUUGUGACGUACCCGCUGCCUGUGGAGGCGUACGAGGACAUGGCCGCGGAGGUGCGGUGGUCGGAGCCGUAG